AUGACAAGUGAGACUACAAAUGUCAAGAAGGUCAAGAAGGGCAAGGCGUCAGCCAAGCGCAAUAGCGAAGCACGCCGUGAACAAAACCGCCUUGCCAGCCGAAACUACCGUGAGAAGCGCAAGCAGAAACUCGCACUUUUGAAUGAUCUGUUGGAGCCGAAUAUCGUCUCAAGUGUCCCCGAUGAUGCUCAUGUUGAGGCUGCCUUGGGUCAGAGUGGACUAGGCGACUCGAACACUUCUCAGUUACAGAGUCAGCCAUUGCCAAGCGUGCUUCUUGACGAUCACCUUCUAUCAAUAGAUCCCGCCCAAGGUCUGAGUGGUCUCGAUAACAAUGAAGAGUAUCUCACGCAACAGAACUGGGGCAUGCUAGCUCAUGCAACCACACCCGCAGCAUUUACUCACCCGGUAUUUCCAGAGUCUUUACCAUUAACUAAUCUAGGCGACCCUUUCAGCCUUGGGAAUCAAGAUCCAUGGUGUCAUGACAUAUCCGGAUCUCAGCAACAGCUUCUACAGUUCCCAGAUGCAUAUUCAACAGGUUAUUUUAACCCCAGGCCAAUAGAGGAGAUCUUUGAAGAUAGCCCAGAGUCGGAUCAUAGCAGCUCAGGAGCAUCCUCGAGCAAUGAUAGUGGUGCUCUUGACGACAUCCUAGUCGGCGUCGAGAACCUUAGCAUAGAGCAAAAACGGUCUCUCCUCCGUCGCUUACAGCAAGACACUGGAAGGUCAACUCCAUCUCCUCCCCGACACAGAACUCCACAAACCCCAGGUCAACUACAAGUCAUCCAGUUUGCCAAAGCGCUGUACAAGACGGCACAUGCUAGACCGACGCUUUUUCCAACACAGUAUGCGAUGGAGGCAGGCAUCUUUGGCGCAAUAUUUGCCAACUGCUAUGCUCUUGGCAUGCAGGGCGUGGAAGAAAUCAUACGCGAUGAGGGCUGUAGUGUAUUCUCCGUCACUCAAGAUGAGGGAUACAGUCAGUCACAGCUGCCUCUUGUGAAAUCGAGGUUUCGGGCUUUGUCGUCUGAUCUCCAACCGAUGGACAAGCAACUGACCUUUGGGCACCAUCCUUACAUUGAUGUCAUCCCUUUCAAGAGCUUCCGCGAGAAUCUAAUUGCCUUGCUUGAUCGUGACCCUUCUAUCAUCGACGAAGGCGCUCUUUGCCAUGACAUACUAGCUGGUGGUUUCACCUGCUGGGGCGCAGGGCGAAAUGUACAUGGAAUGAGCGCAGGCGUGCCUUGGGACUCACGUAGUUGGGAGCCCAGUGUAUGGUUUUUGGUAAAGUAUCGCAUGCUAGCAGGUGACUGGAAUGGCGAGCUGUGGAAGAGUGCGAGGUCAUGGCAUAGCGUUCGAGGGGAGAGAAUCCAGACAACGGAGGCGAUGGAGAUUCUCGACAACAGUGAAACAGCAAGAAGGUAG